AUGAAGUUCUGGACCGUCUUAACGCUUGCCGUCUCGGCCGCCGCCGUUCCUUUCCGCAACGGCACUGCCGGGCUGCUGAAGCAUGUCGGAUGGCGCCAGAUUAGCGCGGGAGAAAUGGACGCCAUUAUCAAGAAUGGCGGCCGAGCGGUCCAGUCCAAUGGGAGCGGGGCCAGGCAGAUCGGAAGGGGACUCUAUAUCACCCCGGGGUUCAAACAAUUCGCCACAGCCGAGGACGUCGACGACCCGCAGUACUGGGACUGCGCAGUCACCAUGGAUGCCGCUGCCUGGGACGGGCUGAAGAAGAUCUGGCUCCCACAAUGGUUCGAGUUUCCCGAAGAUCGCGAAAAGACGUUUGUUUCCGCGGAUAGGCUGGGAUCUUGGGAGCUAAAAGUGGCCCUUGUUUUAUCAGCUGCGAACCGGAAGCGUUUCCUAACCUACCUCGAUGCUGCGGCUACGGUCGACAACACUAUCCUCUUCUCCUUUAUCAGAUCUCAUGCUGGCGUUAACCAGGCCUUGAUCCCGCCGGCUGUUAUUUCUACUGGACUGGUCCGUUUGGAGCAGUGUGCCAUGAGAUCGACCCCAAACAGCCCAAUUCUGGGCAGCAGGAUGGGGAACGUUGAUUGGAACCUUGAGAGUUUGCCUGGCUGGGGCUUGGGGUCGAGCGUCUCAUAG